AGUCAAGUUCACUCAAGCGCAUUACGGGAAAAUAACGCAAGUGACCGAAAAUAUUCCGAAAAAAAUACUACGCCGAAUGAAGAAUUUUGCUAACGUUAUAAAUAAACAUCUUAUCGUUUAUGAAUUUGGCGUUUAUUAGAUGUUCAGCUCGAAGUGGCAGUGAUGCAAAAUGAUUUUGAUCGUGAAAAAUUGUGUUAACGUAACGAUGCAUUUAUCAAAGUGGGUUUAAGUCUUAUCUCUGUUGGCGUCCUCUUGUUUUUUAUGGUUCAAGUUCACGAUGGCAACAGUCGAAGAGACAGUUAAAGUGUCCGUGGUGACUGACCGAUCACCAAAUAUUAUACGAUGCUCUAGUACGACGAGUGCAGAGGAUUUGUGCAUUAUUCUUUGCAAAAAGUAUAAAAUUCCACCUCUCACUCGGACGCUGUUCGCGUUACGAGUCAAAGGCAGAGAUUAUUUUCUCAAAGAUAACGCAAAAGUUCUGUCCAGCACCAGGGAUUACGAGCUUAGGAUUCGUUUUAAGGUACCGAGAUUAGAGCUGCUAAUAACUUUGGAUGAAACAACUUAUGACUACUACUUCCUUCAAGCCAGAAGCGAUGUGUACGAGAACAGGAUCCCUGAGCUCAAGUACCCUGACCACAAGAAAGAAAUGCUCGGUCUUGGUAUUGCCGACAUGACACGCGCCACGGCUGAGGAAAAAUUGUCGGUAAACGAUGUUGUGAGGGAUUACAAAAAAUAUAUACCGAAAGUGAUCGUUAGGAGACACGGUCACGUUGCGAAGAAGCAUGCUCACGACCAACUACCAAAGCUUUGUUCUGUUGGACAUAACGUCAACUACAUAAAAAACUUGUACCUGCAACAACUAUACAUUAUGGCGCCGAACUAUUUGGCGGAGGAAUAUGACAAUGUUCUAUGGCAGAACGGCAGCGAGGUGAUACCCGUGCGAGUCAUGGUCGCUCCCUUCCACCCGCAUCAGCCCGGCAUCAGACUCUUCAAUACCGUCAAACGAGACUGGUGCCACGUUUGCAAAAUAGAAGAAUUAAUUUAUAUAACAAGGAAUGGAGAGAACUCGUUAGAAAUAUCUAGAAGAGGAACCCCUUUGUUCUUUAAGUUUAAGUCUGAGGAGCACUUGUCGUCGUUUAUAUCAGUUUGUGAUGGAUAUUACAGAUUGAUGGUGAAAUGGACGUUUAACCUGUCUAAAGACGACGAAACGCCAUCGCUAAAGGAACUACAAAGAAUAAAAUGUCACGGCCCUGUCGGGGGUGCAUUCUCGUAUCGAAAGUUGGAAGAAAAACGCGCUAAGAAACACGGUUGUUAUAUAUUGAGGCAGUGCCAGGAUGACUACAAUGUUUAUUAUUUGGACGUAUGCACUAAAAAUAGCACAACAGAAACGUAUAAAAUAGAGUUUAAGGGUCAUUGUUACGUGGUGAACAAUGAGGAGUAUUACAGCAUAGAGAGGCUAGUCGGGUGCCAUCAGAACCAAGAAGGAAGGAUAUUCCUGAACGAAUGUAUACCGCCUUCAGAGUAUGAUAAGUCCCAAUUACUGUUAUGUGGGGAGCCGGUUAAAAGAGGUGUGAGAAUUGACCAAGCUGAACUUCAAGAUAUUCUCAAAGACAACCGGAGCCCUCGAUGUUUGCCAAAUAAGGACAUUUUACUGUACACAGGUUCUGAAAAGUUUGGUUCGGAAAACAUAACGACUACUUACAAAGCUUUGUGGAGGCUCGAUGAAACUAAGAAAUUGGUGGUCGCAUUCAAGACUUUACAGAGAGAAAAGGCCAAUGACCAUUUAAAAGAAUUCGUAGAGUUAGCGAGCAAAUGGGCUUGCGUGCAGUCCAGCUCCAUGGUUCGACUAUACGGAGUGACGUUGAGUUCGCCAACAGCACUAGUGCUGGAAUACUUGCCAUUCGGACCCUUUGAUGAUUAUCUAAGAGAAAACGGUGCCCGCGUAAAGCUACUCCACCUAAAGAAGGUAGCGGCGGGUCUAGCCCGGGCGCUAUGGGACCUGUCAGAGGCAGGCAUAGUGCACGGGUCGGUGCGGUGCCGGCGCCUGCUGCUAGCGGCGCACGACGGCGACCGCAUCGUCGUCAAGCUGUCCGGCCCCACGCUGCGCAACUACACACAGCACGACGUACACUGGAUGCCGGUGGAAUUCUUCUCCGACAUGAGCUUAGCGAAGCGGUCGGUGAUGGGCGACAUCUGGGCGUUCGCCACCACGCUGUGGGAGGUGUUCUCUUACGGACAGUCGCCGACUGAGACCAAUCCUGUGUUGACUGCUAGGAGCUACGAGAUGGGUGACCGGCUGCUGCGUCCGGCUCGGUGCCCGGGCGAGGUGUGGGCACUCAUGCGCCAGUGCUGGCAGCCCGACCCGCUGCGCCCGCAGGAGAUCAUGCGGGACAUGAACCAUAUGCUGCACAGAGAAUAUGUGCCGAUUCACGAAUACGAAGAGCCAAAGAUCUCCCUUGAACAUAUGGAACAUGCUGAGACUGUAUCAAGUGAUAGGUUUAUACCGAGUGAAUUGAGUGAUGCUGGUAGCAACAAGUCUUUGAUAUCGGAUAGCAGUGUGCUUUCAAUGAACGGGACCAUGUCUGAUCAAUAUGAUAAUCCUUUCGCAGACAACAAAAGCUCUAACUCUCUAGAAAGCAUGAACGGCCUGCCUUACGCGUUACAACGCGAGCUACGUUCCCGAAACAGCGGCAGUGUGAACGCAGCACGAGCCAUCGAUGACGAACUGGAUGACGACUCCACGCCCGCGCCCAGGCUCAUGGAGUCCAUCGUGUCACAGGGGAAGACUUACCUCGUCACGCUAACUAAGAAGAUUGGCAGUGGCAACUACGGGCACGUAUUCAAAGGCUGGAUGGAGCGCGACAACCAAGAAUCUCAGCGAAGAGAAGUGGCCGUCAAGAAGUUGACGCGGCAGGCAUCUGAAAGAAAUGGCACUUUGUAUGAAGACUUCAAGAAUGAGUUGGAGAUUAUGAAGUCGCUACAACACAUCAACAUAGUAGAGAUCCUCGGUUACUCGUGGGACCAUGGAUCAGAUGUGCUCAUCGUGAUGGAGUACCUCGAAGAAGGAUCGCUCAACUACUACCUCAAGUUCCAGGGAGACAAGCUGAGGAUCUCGCAUCUCUUGAAGUACGCCAGGGAUAUUGCUACGGGUAUGGAUCAUGUGUCCGCAAAGAAUGUGGUGCACCGUGACCUCGCGACGCGGAAUAUUCUAGUCGUGAACAAGUACCACGUGAAGAUAUCCGACUUCGGCCUCGCCAGGAUCAUUCCCAAGGAAGAAAACGCAUACAGACUUAAGACUGAAAGACUGCUGCCUAUUAAUUGGUACGCGCCCGAGUCUGCGGUGGAGCCGUGGCACUUCUCCACGAAGAGCGACGUGUGGUCGUACGGCGUCACGGCGUGGGAGAUCUUCACUCGCGCCCGACAGGAGGUGCCCAAGUUCAAUCCUGAGAGACCGCUAGAACGGGCUUCAUGCUUUCAAAUACCGGAAGAUUGUCCGUCAGAAAUAUUCAGACACCUGAUGAUGGAUUGUUGGAAUCUCAAACCGAACUUACGACCCAAGUUCAUUGACCUCGUGCAUAUGUGCAAACGAUUUAUGGACGAAUAUAAGUAGAGCUUUUAUUUCUUAUUGCACCAAAUCUCAAAAUAUUAUCGUGGAAAAAGUAUAUACGUAAAAUAUCGUCUUGCUUUUGUGAUUUUCUUGUACGGAAAUGGACUAUGGUGCUUCUUUGAAAAGUUCACCACAAAUCCUGCAACAAGAGAAAAAAGGCCAAUUAUGGAUAAUAUAUUUUUUACGUAAAGAAAAAUGUGAAAGCAGUUUCGUAUGUACUCAGGUGCAGUUCGGAUGAAUACUAUUUUGGAUGUUUAUAUCGUUGUAUAUUUAGAGUUCAUUCGUCUCAUUAUGUGUUUGUUAUAUUUGCGCUAUAUUUGCACAAACGGUACUAGCUAAUCAAUCGUCUAACAUAAGUAUGUGUUUUUGUGGUUCCUCCAAGCAUUUGCCUUAGUUCUGUAUAGUUUAUAGUUAUUUGUAAAUAUUUAUACAAAUGUUAUAUCAGUUUUUUUAUUACAAUAUCAUAAUGCAUCUCAAUCAUGUGGAAUCUAUUAAUUUGUGUUUUUCAGUGCAAUCAUAAUGAAUGGAUUAUUGUUGUUGUCUGUCAAUGUUUUUUUUUUUUUAUUAAUAUUAUUGUUUUUGUCCCAGUUUUUGUAUAUUUCAUUUGAAUUGACUAAGAAUUUGAAUUUUGACGUAAUGAAUACUUGCCGUGUAUUAUUGUGACUAAUUGACGAGUCAAUUUUAGUGUAAGCAAAGCUAUAUUGUGUAAGCAAUCAGUGUAUAAGUUUCGCUAGUCUAACCAUUCUAGAGCUCUUACUGGCACAAAUGUGAACCUGCGAGAUUAUGAAGUUAUUGGUGUUCAAACAAAUUGCAAAUCUAUAACAAUUUGAGCAUUUGUACAAAAGUUCGCAACUAUUAGAUGACAAUGAAAUAAUCUUUGUUAACAGGACGUACGCACACGGUAUACAGAAUGGUCGCAUAGAUCGAUUCACUAUAAAACCAAAGAUGAUAUUAAAAUAUGAACAUAAAAUCUAGAGAACAAUUUAUUUUUAAGAAUUAUUGUGUACAUUUUAUUAAUUUUACGCCUUAUAUGUAAGUUUUGCAAUUCACUGUUGUGACAAUUAUAAAAAAUGUAGUUAUAAUUUUAGUUAGGCACGAAAAAUAUAAUCGGGUAAUUAAAACUUACAUUUAUAAUUAUUUUAGAAAUUUAUAUUUGUUUAGAUAUGAUUGGGAAAUAUUUUAUAAAAUUGUUUUUAAUUAUUAUUUUGCGCAGCGUCGCUUGGCGGUGUGUCGACGAAUUGGAUUGUGAUUACAUAGACUGACAAAAUGGAGUAUCGGUGCUAAAGGAUGAAAUUAGCAGUGUUGGGUCAAUCAACGAAUGAUUUUUUUGGUAACUAAUAAUUGACUUAUUAUUUUUUAAUGAUGUCUUAUGUACUUUUACUGAGUUAUCCAUCGAAAAUGUAUAAAAGUAAGAAAAAUGUCUUCUUUAUUAUUAAUUAAUGUUGAAGUUUCUACGAAUUUUACCCAACACUGGAAAUUAGGCCUUAUAUUUUCUAUUGAGAGCGUCCGGGACGACAGUUGGUAAAGAUCUAGACGUCGGUAGUUGUAGAAGAUCUAGUUCCUGCUGAACUAUUAUAGAUUUUAGUCCGAAAUUAUUAUCUACCCAGAACCUGAAAUUAUAAACGCCGAGGGAUUUUAUUUUGGAAAUUUUAUUAUACACCCUGUAUAUUUUACAAAAAUAAUCAUGUGUAAAUCAGCUCAAUUUUGUUAUGACCAAAUUAAAUAUUUACAUUAUUUACUCCAUGGACCCGAUUUUAUAUAAACUAUUGUUAUUCAAGCUACAGUGACCACAUUCAACUAUUGCAGUCGAAUUAAAUCUUAUUAUUGGCUAGCGUAUUGAUGUCUAUUUAAAAAAAAAUACUAUAUAGUUCAAUUAUUAAAACUGCCAUGUUUAAAAAAUUGGCAAUAUAAAAAUUAUGUGUAAAAAUCUUUGAUAUGUCACUGUGUACAUAAAUUAACGGUGCUUUAGCUUUGCACAACGAUUAAAUUACUGUGUUUUUAUAUUUAUGUCUACAAGCAAAUUGCCUAGAUUUUGUAUUUUUAUUGUAUUACGUACAAUAUUGAAGCUGCAUUGCUUCUUCAUAUUAAUUAUAAUAGCAAUCAGUUCCCUGGGACAUCAUAAGUUAUCCAAGGAGAUAGUUAUAUUCGACUUUACGUAAUAUCUUCGCCUUAGUAUUUAAAUGAGUUCAUAUAAGUCAUAUAUCAUUAAAAUGCUAAGUAUUUUCAAUAAAAUGAGUCAAUUUUGUUCUACUACAUAAAAGUAAAACAAAUGCAAUAAUAUGGGUGUUUCAAUACAAAAUUAUCUGUUCGAAUAAAAACUAAGUAGUGUCAAUUAAAAUCUGUGUGUUUGUAUAUUUUAAUAGUAAGUACUAAAGUAGUUUCGACGUGGAAGAAAACUGGUCCAAACCCUGGCUGCAUGCAUGUUGUGUAAUGCGAAUAAUGCAAGUGUAAUAGACAAUGUUAAUUCUCAAAACCCUUUGAAUUUUGAGACGAUCACGAUAAGAUUUUAUAGGCAGGUUAUUAAAGUAAGUACGAUAUGAGCAAGUAAACAGGCUUUCUCAAAUGGGCUUGUACCAUAGGGUCAUUGAAUUUGGUUAAAGACACAGUUUGGUGGCAUUGAAGAAGAUUUUAAACUGUAACUGAAUAUUAUGAUGCCCUUCGUAUUAUUUUUCACAGUUUUAUACCUUACAGUAAAUCGCACAUUUCUUGGAUGUAUACAACUUCAAUAUAAGUAACUUGAGACUGGAUCCAGAAUACGUACAAACGCUUAUUUUUUUGAUAUAGAACAAAAUAACAUACGUAAAUGUAAACGUAAUAUGAUCGUGAUCGUCUCAUCCCCAUUCGAGGGUUCACCAGCAAAUAACACGAAUAGCAAGCUUAGAAUGUUGCUGUAAAUAUUAGUUACAUUUUAUAAAUUAAGUAAAAUUUGUUUUAUUAUAAUUUAAGACUCGAUGUGCUGCUGUUUCGUGCGAUAACAAAACUCGACCUUAUUACAAUAGAUAUACAGUCCAUUUUCCUUUGUACGGGACAUCGACGGGCCUAGCAACAGUGAUUUAUAACAAUGUAAUGGGAUUAUCUUGCCAUUUGUCGUACGAAUAAAUACAUCCUGCACGGUCAAUGGCGCAGUAAAUCAAAAUUAUGUGUUAAGUAUCAUUUCACUGUGAAUAACCUGUGCUCAGUUGGUUUGUUAAUGCUAGUCGUAUGAUUGUCAAUUGUAUGCAAGAAUGUAACAAUGCGGUGUAGUGCAUUCGAUGCAAAGUUCCUGAAUUUGUUGACGGAAUCCGAAUAUUUAACGAUGUCUUACGUUUUAAGUUUGCGUCAUAACAAGACUUGGCCUAAUUAAUGUCAUAAUUAAAAUAUUAUUGUGCCCAGUAUACGUAAGUUUCUGAAAUGCAUUUUCUGCCUGAAACUUUUGAUGAAUAUUGCACGACACAGCAGCACAUUCAUGUUAUUUUUGCCAUGAAAAUUAAAAUA